AUGGUAACCGACAUCGCGGCGAAAGCCCCUCUAGCGGGUUCGGCCUCCCACCCUUCUUUAGGAGAGGUCGCGCGCUGCCAGCCGAGAUUUCGAAUCCAGCGAGCGGGGUCCCUGGUAGCGGCAGAGCAAGACCGCAGGUCUUCGUGUCGGACUGUGCAGGUAAGGGUAGCUCAAGAGCCUUCCACCGCACGGAACCUCGGCCCUCCGGAGCCCCAGGGCACAAACUCAUUCUGGAGAUUAGCGGAGGACUAG